AUGUUCGUACAAUUUAUUUUUCUGAAGCUUCUCCGCCAGUCACGUGUGCAACGAAACGCGCACAUACACACGAACCUCUCUCUCUUUCUCUCUCUCUCACUCUCUAUCUCUCUCAUUCUCUCUCUCUCUCUCUCUCUCUAUCUAUCUCUCUCAUGGCUCAUUGUGCAUCUCAUUUCUUACUUUCUUUUGAUCCCUUCUUUGUCACCGCAUUCCUUACUUUCCUUCUUUCUUUCUUUCUUUCUUUCUUUCUUUCUUUCUUUCUUUCUUUCUUUCUUUCUUUCUUUCUUCCCUACCUUGUGUAUGACUUUUCUUUCUUUUUACCCAUUCUUUGUGCAUCCUAUUUCUUUCUUUCUUUCUUUCAUUCUUUCUUUCUUUCUUUCUUUCUUUUUAUUGCUUCUUUGUGCAUUCCAUUUCUUUCUUUUUUCAUGCCUUUUUGUCCAUGAAUUUUCUUUCAUUCUUUUCAUCCUUUCUUUGUGCACCCCAUUUCUUUCUUUCUUUCUUUCUUUCUUUCUUUCUUUCUUUCUUUUCUUUCUUUCCACCGAUUCUUUGUGCAUAACGUUUCUUUCUUUGUUCCUUUGUUUAUUUCUUUCUUUCUUUUCACCCCUUCUUUGUGCAUCCCAUUUCUUUCUUUCUUUCUUUCUUUCUUUCUUUCUUUGUAAUCUGUUUUCAACAAACGUUGGUUUCUUUUUAUCCUAA